CGUGUACAGAUUCAGCGGCAGCCGGGCGGUAUCCGGGCGACGACGAUGGCGGAGCGGGCGACGGGGCUCGGACUCGUCAACCGCCGAGGCGUCGCCGCGAAGGAGAAGUUCGGAACCAUAGUGGAGGAUGCGCCCAACAUUAAUAUCUCGGGCAGCGGCGCCGGGUCCACGCCCACGUCCUCCGGCGACGGAAGCGUCGCUAACGGCGAGCCCGGGACGUUCGGCUACAAGAUCCAGGAGUUCGACAGCGCGUCGUCCCUCGGGUCCCUCGCCGACAGGGUCGCGGAGUUCGUCACGCCGGAGAGGACGCCGGAGAAGACCCCACAUCGCGCCGUGGGCUUGCUGUUCUGGGCGUGCACCGCGGAGCUGUGGCGGCGCCUGCUCGGGUGGUACUUCCUCCCCUUUGGUCUGUACUUUGCGUCGCUGGUGCACCCUGCGUUUAGUCCGUCGGCGCACCGCACGCAGCGGGGGCAGCACGCGUCGCAGGUUGGCCUGGUCGUCAUGAUCUACGCGUUCUUACUGUCCGCGCUGCUGGUGUACCCGAACUACUUCCUCUUCUGCGCCCACCCGUGGAUCAGGGCCGUGUUCAUAGGGUACAUCAGCUGGUACGUGUUUGUCGACUACGCGACGCCGGAGAGCGGAAAACGAUUUUUACCGUGGACGCGGCGGCUGCCGUUCUGGAACAAGCUCGCGGAUUACUUCCCGGUGCGGCUGCACAAGUCGUGCGACCUGGACCCGGCGGGUAACUACCUGUUCGGGUACCACCCGCACGGCAUCAUAGGCGUCGGCGCGCUCAUAACCUUCGCGACGAACGCCACCGGGUUUGAGCAGGCGUUUCCCGGCUUGGACCUGCGACUGCUCACGCUGGCGAUUAACUUUAUGUUCCCGUUCACGCGCGAGGUGCUCAUGGCGCUGGGGAUCAACAGCGUGACGAGGGCGAGCGUGCAGAGGAACCUGACCAGGGCGCCCGGGGCGUCGGUGGCGAUCGUGGUUGGCGGCGCGGCGGAGGCGUUGGAUGCGCGACCGGGUUGGGCGGUGCUGACGCUCGCUCGGCGAAAGGGUUUCGUGAAGAUGGCGCUGAAGACUGGCGCCAGCCUCGUGCCGGUGUUUGCGUUCGGCGAGAACGAUAUAUUCGAGCAGAUGGACAACCCCGAGGGCAGCCCGCUUCGCAGGUUCCAGCUGUGGAUGAAGCAGCUCAUCGGCGUCACGCCGCCGGCCUUUUACGGCCGAAGCCUCUCCGGGGGGGUGCUUCGACGGAUGUUCCGAAGCGGAAAGGGCCCGAUGCCGAAGCGGGAGUCCAUCGAGGUCGUGGUCGGGCACCCGAUCCCUUGCCCCAAGAUUGCGGAGCCGACGCUGCGGCAGAUUGACGAGUACCACGCGCUCUAUCUGUCGAGCCUGAAGGAGCUCUACGACACCCACAGGCGGCUGUUUCACAAGCUGAAGCGCGCAGGGAGCCACGACGAUUUGCACGCGAGGAUGAGCAAGAUGAAGGAGAUAAAGUUUUCGUGAGGGUUGAGAGACGAGACGAAUGGUUUGGAGGGCGGGGAUUGGAGAGAUGACCCGCCGCUGAGGGAUGUACGAGUACUAUUGGGGGUUUUGUGAGAGCCUUCAACGAAAUAACUGAAACACGGUGUUUCACGUAGACCUGUUUGGUAAUCUUAGCCUACCAUCAACGAUUUACACAAAGUUGACCUCGAAUAUUAAAAUUUCGACAUCUGCU